AGCAAGCUGCAGCGGCGCCAUGAGCACGGCUACAGGAGGAGACGAGAGCGACGUCGUGGCCAGCUUGUUAGCGUUACCCUUCUCAAGACGUACUCUCGCGGAACAGCAACAAGUGAUCGCAAAUGGAAGGCCAACUCCCGCUCUUGAACUAACCGAAAAUAGGAAACAUUUGGCGAGGCAUUUUAAGACCGACAACUACCGACGCUACCCUUGGAUGACUGGAUGCAAGAAAACGAACCGGCUGUAUUGCUGGAGGUGCCUGCUGUUCUCAGCAGACAGAUCCUCCGCCUGGACAUCCGGGGGAUUCGUUGCCCUCGGUAACCUAACGAACUCAGCCCACUGUCACCAGGAGUCUGCCGCGCACCUGCAAGCGACGGUGAGUUUAAAAACGUUCGGGGACGCCGGGCUGGAUCUUCAGCUGGACGAGCGGCGUCGCCACCAAAUUCUGGCUCACAACAACGCGGUCCGGCAGAACCGAGAAAUACUGAAGCGUCUCAUCAACGUCGUCGUGUUUCUGGGGAAGCGAGAGCUGGCGUUCAGAGGACGCGGCGAGGGCAAAGACUCCGACAGUAGAGGGAACUACGUGGAGCUGCUGGAGUUCUUGUCUAAAUAUGACACCCCCCUCCGCUGUCAUCUCGACACCGCCACCGUGUUCAUGGGCACGUCCAGCAGCAUUCAGAACGAUCUGAUUCAGUCGGUGGCAGAUGUGAUGACGGAGGCCAUGAGAGACGAGGUGAAGAAAACGCCGUUUGUGUCCAUCAUGGUCGACGAGACAACCGACAUCGGCAACGCCGCUCGGAUGUCUUACGUCCUGCGUUAUGCUCACGACGGCGGUGUGAAGGAGAGGUUCUUCAAGUAUGAUGACGUCAGCGGGGACAAACGCGCGGAGGCGGUGGCGGGCCGGGUUCUGGAGUUCUUGGAGGGAUGCGAAUGCGCUGCCAAAGUAGUGGCCCAGUGUUACGAUGGAGCCGCAGUCGUGGCCUCUGGCCUGAAUGCGGUACAAGCCAAGAUUAAAGAAAAAAUACCACAAGCUCUUUUCGUCCACUGCUAUGCACACUCUCUGAACCUUGUCAUGUCGCAAGGCACUGCCAAAAUCAAAGAGUGCAAGGUUUUCUUCUCUCAUCUCGGCGGCCUGGCAGCCUUUUUCACAAAAUCGGCGAUACGCACCAAACUGCUGGAUGAGAUAUGCCAGCGACGAGCCCCGAGAGUGGCUCCGACACGGUGGAACUUCUCGUCGCGUCUGGUUUGCACUGUGUACGAGUGGAGGGAGGAACUCCUGCAGCUCUUUCAGUUUAUCGUGGACCACCACGACGACUUUGCGGAAGACGCGGUUCAUAGCGCAGAUGGCUACAUAACGCUGCUGACAAGCUUUGAGUUCUGCUUUCUACUCUCCACAUUCAACUCGAUUUUUGCAUACGCCGAUGCGCUGUUCGGGAUCUUGCAGGAUAACGAGUUUGACAUGCAGUUUUGUUUGUCCAGCAUUCACGACUUUUGCAGCACCACGGAGAGAGAGAAGGGGAAUUUUGACGCCAUCUACGAGGACGUCGUGCGUGACAUCGGGGCUCCUAGUGGGUGCAAGGCGCGGAGACAAGGUCAAGGAGAUGUGCGCGCUGUGUACCGACAGCUGCACACCGAGAUCCUGGACAACAUUCUCACUCAGCUGAGGGACAGGUUCAAGGACCACGAAAAGCUCCCGUUCCUUGCCCUCCUGGACCCAAAGAAGUUUUCAACAUACAGCGAAAACUUCCCCAACUCUGAGCUUGAAAGUCUUGGGGGAAGCUACGGGCGGCACUUUGACCUCCCUAGGCUCAAGACUGAACUGACGGUCGUGUACAACAUGUCAAACUUCGAGGGGAGGAGCCCAGCGGAGCUGCUUCAGUUCCUGACACAGAGGGAGCUGAGCGAGAGCAUGCAGCAGCUUCAUCACCUCGCCUGUCUGGUGGUGACCAUCCCCGUAUCCGCCUCGUCAGGUGAGCGGUCCUUCUCGGCCCUGGGGCGCAUCAAGACGCACACCAGAAACACAACGGGGCAGGAUCAGCUGGGAGCUCUGGCGCUGCUGUCCAUAGAGAAGGGCCUUCUGACGGAACUGAAGUCCAAGGACAAGCUGCAUGACGCUGCCAUUGCCCACUUCAUAAAGAAGGACCAACGGAUGGACUUUAUAUUCAAGUAGCCUAAUGAGGUACGAAGAGGAUAAGAAACAGUGGACCGGGAUGAUCAAAGAGAUGCGCUACGCAGCCGGGGCCUCCUGUGUGUGCGUGCGUCUGAAUGCAGCCAAAAUGCCCAAAUUAUAAGUGAGCCAACGAGA